UCCACGUCCUGGGUCUCCCGUUCUGCCCGUAUCUUGCCGGCUUCACGGACCCUCAACUCUACCUUUGCUUGUUGUGCGUGCUCCUAGCCUUUGGUUUUACCGGGAGUGUGCAGACGUUUUCCUGGCUCCCAUUUGGGAGGGCACUGGUCUCCAGGGAACGGCUUUGUGUGUGUUGGGAUCGGGGUCCUCAACCAUGGCCUUCACUUUCGCUGCUUUCUGCUACAUGCUGUCCCUGGUGCUCUGCGCUGCGCUCAUCUUCUUCGCUAUCUGGCACAUAAUCGCCUUUGACGAGUUAAGGACGGAUUUUAAGAGUCCCAUAGACCAGUGCAACCCUGUCCACGCGAGGGAGCGACUGAGGAACAUCGAACGCAUCUGCUUUCUCCUGAGAAAGCUGGUGCUGCCGGAGUACUCUAUCCACAGCCUCUUCUGCAUCAUGUUCCUGUGUGCGCAGGAGUGGCUCACCCUGGGGCUGAAUGUUCCCCUGCUUUUCUACCACUUCUGGAGGUAUUUCCACUGUCCAGCAGACAGCUCAGAACUAGCCUAUGACCCACCGGUCGUCAUGAACGCGGACACCUUGAGCUACUGCCAGAAGGAGGCCUGGUGUAAGCUAGCCUUCUACCUUCUGUCCUUCUUCUACUACCUGUACUGCAUGAUCUACACCUUAGUGAGCUCCUAACUCAGACCCUGCUGAUGGAGAGGCCGAGGCUGGGAACCACUGUGGCUGUGGCUGGAGACACCCAGCUUGACAGAGACUGAUCGGAAGGAACUGGAGUCACACGGCAGACAGGGCCAUGUUACCCAUGCUCAUCAGUUGCUGCUGUGUUGCUGUGUGUGUUGCUGCCUUCGCUGUUCACAUUCCACAUGGAUGGCAGAGCCCCUCUGAGCACUGGGGGUGCCAGCUUAUAGCUGACGAAACCCGCAACCUCUGGAGCUGCAGUUGCUGCUUCUCUUCAUCCACUUCACUGAGCAUCGGUGCCCUGCAAGUUCAUGUGGACUGCCUGACUGGAUGGCAGGAAUGAGGCUGGAAGCUAGACACCACCAACGAAGGGACAGAAUGACUCGGGGCCAAGGCCAGGUCUUCAGAGAUGAUCGAGACCCUCAAGGCUACUAAGGAUACCAAGACUUUUUUCCAGAGCUGUGGCCUCCAGCUUUGCUCAUUGCAAGGCCCAAAUCUGGGGUCUGCCCCAAGCCUGCUCUGUUUAUGUCCAAGAUCCUAAGCAGUGACCUCCUGAGCUGGGUGUGGGGCAGCAUGCUGGCAGCAAGUUAUGUCCAGUGCAAACUGGGGGGGGGGAGUGUGAGAAAAUGGAUUUUUAAAAUGUUUGCAACAUGUCCUAGGUGUGAAUUCUUCACCAUCCCCAAGAUGUAUUCUGCCUCUGCAGCAAAAUUCCAUCAGAGUGUGACAUGCCAAUCAGCUGGCUGGCAUGAGCCAAAGCCAAAGCCAAAGCCAAAAAAAAAAAAAAAACCCUCAAAACAGUGUGAAGCCCAGAACAGAGAGCAGAGCUCCUGUGGUGUGGACAGCCAGGAAGCGAGACAACAUAAUUAUCACUUCAAUUGAUGCUGCACAGCCUUUGUGCUGCUCAGUUCAACAUGGGGACGUCCGCUUAUUUGAAUUUUCCACUUGGCUUUUGCUCCUUUUUUGGGUGGGAGUUGUAUGAGGGGGUGUAAAUAGUGACGAGGCUGAGAUUUUUGUGAUGUUUAAAUUAGGCACAAUGAUUUUGACCUGAUUUCCCAAACUUCCUUGCUUUUCUACCGUUACUCACACAGUCACACACACACACACACACACACACACACACGCAUACACGCGCGCGCGCGCACACACACACACACACACACACACACACUAUUUAUAUACGCUCCCAUCUGAAUCCUGUGACUCAGGUUUUUGAAUGGUGUUUGUGUAACACAGUGUGUGCUAUGUUUAAAAUGCAGCAACAACGUCAGUGGCUCACCUCACCGGCUCCUUCAUUCCAUCCCAUCCCGGGUUGGCUGUGUCUCCAUAUGGUUGGCAAACUAGUAGGUAGGAGAAACAGUUUCAAAAUGACACCGUGUUUCUAAAAAUUUUUACAGAAAACAAAAUACAGAGGGAAAAAAAUAAAACUCACAAAAAAGAACAAAAUCAAAAUGCAGCUUCCCUAAGGGGCCGGUAGCAUAAAAGCCUCUGCAACCACAUUUCGGGGGAAUGCCUUCCCGUGCCUGGUAACUUGUUGAGGCUGCAUGGCCUCAGAUGGGUACCAUUCCCAGGAUGUCUAGCAAGUGGUGGGGUCUGGGUAGCAGGUGCAAAGCUAACUCCAUCACCGUCCUGCAAAAAAGCAGCUGACAUGGAGAAGGUAAGGAAGGGGUCUCUGGGCUCCUCAGGAUGAGUGUUUCAUCCUUCACCUUCUUCCGAAAGGGCUGAAGUAGCUUUUGACAGGGGGCACCAAUAUCAAAAAUUGUCAACGUGGAACUGUGAAAUUCAUGCUCCAGGGUUUUGCAUGUUGUAGACGACUUUCCCAGCACAACCCUCCACAAAACCCAGUUGCUUUCUCAAUAUUAAAGAGAGGGAACUUUGAAGAUUUGCCUUUGAACCU